UGAGAUCAGAUGGACCAGACCAUUUCAUCGGGGUGCUGCCCGCACGUACUGAGGAGAGAAUAGAGCCUGCACGGGGUAUUCCUUACACAUGUUCCAGGGCUACUUGCCCCUGGCUUCCAAAUUCACCAUAUUCUGGGGUUUCUAAGGCAAAUCUCUGAUCGGGACAUAGGCAAUCAUUUCAAAGAAGCUAAGAGCCUAUCAUCAGUCGAUGCUGGACUGAGGAUAGUGUUGGGAUAGGCCAGCCUGAGCCAUGGCUCAUGGGAAGAAACCAGGGAAGAUCACCAGAAUCCUGGGACCCAGCCCUUCAUCGUGCCCAGGAGGAUCCAUAGAGAAGAAGCCAGGAACUAUUAGGAGAAUAUUGGCCCCCAGCCCUCCGCCCAGCCCGGGUCCCACAGGAUCCACAGAGGAGUCUAAUGAAGGACCUCAUGAUGAAGGACCUCAGAAAGAAAGACCACAGAGUUUGAGGAGUAAGGACCCGCCACCCUGCCCUGACCCCCUAUCCACAGGGGAGCCUACUGAUGAAGAACCCUGGGGUCUGAGCAGCAAAGGCACAACUGAAAGACUACAUGAUGGAAUUCGGAGUCUGAAGAGUGAAGGCCCUCCUCAACACUCGCAGAGCACCAGCAAUGAGGAGCUGGACAAUAACAAUGAUGAGAGGACCUCUGGGCCUGCAUCACCUGUCUCUGCUAGCCCAACCCAGGCCCACCCAACCCAGGCCUACAGCAAAAUUACCCAGGCCCAGAACUACCCUCGGCAGUCAGACGCCCAGGCCAAGAACUACCCUCGGCAGUCAGACGCCCAGGCCCAGAACUACCCUCGGCAGUCAGACGCCCAGGCCCAGCCCCGACAGACCCAGCAGCAUCUCAGAGAGAGUCCAACGAGCCCCAGCACCAGGCCCACCUCUGACUCCCCAUCCAGUCAGGAGAGACAGUCCAGGGCUGUUAAACCAUCACCUGUCCUUACCAGUGCCAGUCCUUACCAGCCAGGUCUGAUUAGUUCCUCCAGUUCACCUCUUCCUGUCCCUGCUAGAGCUAGUGUCUCCUCCAAGAUCUCUCUGAACUUGCCCGGUGACUCCACCACCCCUGACAGCUUGGAGGAGGAGGAGGAGGACAGCUGCUCAGAGUACGACAAUGUGGGUUCAGAUGUGGAAGGUGUGGAGCAAGACAUUGAUCAGGUGCUGCAGGUGGAAGACCAGGGUAUGGAGGUGAGGUACUACCCUGAGCCGCAGGAUGGUAUCUAUGUGGAACACCAAGACGGAACCUACAUUAAACACCAAGACGGAACCUACAUUAAACACCAAGACGGAAUCUACAUGAAACACCAAGACGGAACCUCCGUGAAACUCCAAGACGGAACCUACAUGAAACUCCAAGACGGAACCUACAUGAAACACCAAGACGGAACCUACAUUAAACACCAAGACGGAACCUACAUGAAACACCAAGACGGAACCUCCGUGAAACUCCAAGACGGAACCUACAUGAAACACCAAGACGGAACCUCCGUGAAACUCCAAGACGGAACCUCCGUGAAACUCCAAGACGGAACCUACAUUAAACACCAAGACGGAACCUACAAGAAACACCAAGACGGAACCUACAUGAAACACCAAGACGGAACCUACAUGAAACACCAAGACGGAACCUACAUGAAACACCAAGACGGAACCUACAUGAAACUCCAAGACGGAACCUACAUUAAACACCAAGAAGGAACCUACAUGAAACACCAAGACGGAACCUACAUGAAACACCAAGACGGAACCUACGUGAAACUCCAAGACGGAACCUACGUAGAAGAAUGUGAGGAUGGACCCUAUUGCCCCAAGGAUGCCACCUAUGUAGAAGGUGAGGAUGGUACCUAUGUGGAGGGGGACAGUCUGGAGGGGGACAGCCUGGAGGGGGACAACAGCACCACUGUACAAUACAAACACACAAGGCCACUGUACGGCCCUGAGUCUGAGGAGAUGCAGGAUAAAGAUAGAAAACCCUGUAGCUCUUCUGAGCAUUACCAUCAGUUCAAUGACAAUCCACAUCAGACACCCAAGGCUGGAGACAAGGAAGAAAAAGAGGAGGUGGAGGGGCAGGAGGAGGAGGUGGAGGGGCAGGAGGAGGAGAGGAAGAGCGGGAUGUGA